AUGGCAUUCACUUUUGGUGCUCCUACUUCAACUGUUGAUUCAGAUGAUUAUGUUUCAUCGAUAAUAACAAUGUCGGAUCGAUACGAUGAACAACAACAACAUGUGACAAUAUCUGAUCAUGCAACACGUACUGUUUCAAAAAUUGCAUCUUAUUUUCGACAAGGCUUUCUAUGCGAUGUUGUUUUUGUCUGCGGUCAUGGACACAUAAAACAGCGUAUUGCAGCUCAUCGCCUUGUUGUUGCAACUUUAUCUGAUUAUUUUCGAGCUAUGUUUGAAAGUAAUAUGCUUGAAACAAAACAGCGUGAGAUCGUCAUCAAUGAUAUUGAUCCAGAUGCACUUGAAAAACUUAUCUUAUACGCCUAUGAAGGCCGUUUGGAAAUUCAUCAAGAUAAUGUUACAAAUGUUCUUCGCGCGGCACAUCUGUUUAAUAUUUCUGAAAUAGUUGAAACUUGCUGUAAAUAUAUUGAAAAGCAACUUCAUCCAUCUAAUUGUCUUGGUAUACAUAAAUUCGCGUUACAACAUGACCUAGAUGAAUUAACAAAAACUUCUUGGAAUUAUGUUCUUGAACAUUUUACAGAUUUAAUUCAAAAUAAUCAUGAAUUUUUUGAGCUAUCAUUUGAUGAACUUAAACAACUUUUGAUAUCUGAUGAAAUCAAUGUACAAUGUGAAGAAAUAGUCUUUGAAGCAUUCCUCUCGUGGAUUGAUUAUGAUCAAAAACGACGAAGUGACCGUUUAGCACAAUUAUUUGGCUUAAUCAAACUUCCUUUAAUUAAUAAAAAAUACCUAACAGAUCAUAUUGAUACAAAUCAAGCAUUCAAAGAUGAUCCUUUAUGUCAGAUGCUCAUUGUUGAGACUAUGCGCUAUCAUUUAGCGCCAGAGAAACGUUCAGCAAUGCAAUCAAUAAGAACUAAACCUAGAAAAGCAACAUUAGGCUCUCUAUAUUGUCUUGGCGGCAUGGAUACUACUAAAGGUCCACAAACCAUUGAACGAUACGAUUUUCGAACUCGUUCUUGGCAACUCGAUGGUCAUUUGAAUACGCGUCGUUGGCAGUUUGCUUGUGUUAUCUUAAAUAAGAAACUAUAUGUAUGUGGUGGACGCGAUGGGCUCAAAACAUUAAAUAGUACAGAAUUAUUUGAUUUCCAAAAGAAAACAUGGAAUGUUGGACCACCCAUGCUUACGAAUCGUCAUGGCUUAGGUGUUGGUUGUAUUGGUGGACCAUUAUAUGCGAUUGGCGGUCACGAUGGAUGGAGUUUUCUUAGUACAGUUGAACGUUUCGACCCAGAGACUUGUGCAUGGUCAUAUGUUUCUUCUAUGGCUAAUGUACGAUGUUCACUUGGUGUUGCUGUACUUGAAAAUCGAAUUUAUGCUGUUGGAGGUCGAGAUGGUGCUGCAGGUCUUCGUGAGACAGAAUCUUAUGAUCCACAUACCAAUCGUUGGUCGCCAUGUGCACCAAUGCAGAAACGUCGUGGGGGUGUAGCUGUUGCCGCUUGCAAUGGAUUUUUAUUUGCGAUAGGUGGUCAUGAAUCAUCAGCAACAAAUAAAUGUACUGUUCGACAUGAUGAUGGUGAACGUUACGAUUCAAGGUGUGAUCAAUGGACAUUAAUUACUUCGUUAAAUAGACCAAAAGAAGCUUUAGCAAUAACGACAGUUAGCGAUAAAUUAUAUAUUGCUGGUGGAUUUGAUGGUAAAGUACUUGAUGAAGUUGAACAAUAUGAUCCAGAUCUUGAUCAAUGGAUAAAAUGUCCAACUUUGGGAACAAAGAGAGCCGGUGCUUGUCUUAUUCAUGUUCCAAAUUCUAUUCGUCAAUCAUCAUCGCCAACAUCAUCAUCAUCUUCUUCACAUUCUUUUUCAUCAUUAUCUACACUUACUAGUAGUUCUUAUACUUUAUCUUCAUCAAAUUUAUUUGCUAAACGUAACAAAGAUGUAUCAGCUAGUUGUCAUCAAUUAAGUCGCCUUGUUCUUUCAUGA